AGCGCGAUGCUGAAGCCCGGCGAGCCCGGCGGCUCGGCGUUCCUCAAGGUGGAUCCCGCCUAUCUGCAGCACUGGCAGCAGCUCUUCCCGCAGAGCGGCCAGCUCAAGAGCGCCGGGGCCCUCGCCCAGCUCCAGCCGCCCGAGAGAGCCGAGCCCCCGGCUGACAGCCUCCGCCAGCGCCCGGCCUCCCUCUCCUCCGCCUCCUCCUCCUCUUCCUCGUCCACCCCGUCUUCCUCCUCCACCUCCUCCUGCGCCGCGGCCGCGGCCGCGUCCCUGGCCGGCCUGAGCGCCCUGCCCGUCGCCCAGCUGCCGGUCUUCGCUCCGCUGCAGAGCUCCGAGCCCCCGGCCGGGGGAGCGCCCGCUCCCCUGCAGGGCAAGGACUUGUGCGGGGCUGGCGGCACCAAAUGCGGCGAGCGCCCGGCCGCCCGGUUCCGCUGCACGGCCGAGGAGCUGGACUACUACCUGUACGGGCAGCAGCGCAUGGAGAUCAUCCCCCUCAACCAGCACACCAGCGACCCCAACAACCGGUGUGACAUGUGUGCCGAUAACCGCAAUGGCGAGUGCCCCAUGCAUGGGCCCCUCCACUCCCUGCGGCGUCUGGUGGGCACCAGCAGUGCCGCAGCAGCGGCCCCUCCGCCCGAGAUCCCUGAGUGGCUGCGGGACCUGCCGCGGGAGGUGUGCCUGUGCACCAGCACGGUGCCUGGUCUGGCCUACGGCAUCUGCGCGGCGCAGCGGAUCCAGCAGGGCACCUGGAUCGGGCCCUUCCAGGGAGUCCUGCUCCUGCCGGAGAAGGUCCAAGCGGGAGGCAUCAGGAACACUCAGCAUCUCUGGGAAAUAUAUGACCAAGAUGGGACACUGCAGCACUUUAUUGAUGGUGGAGAACCCAGUAAGUCAAGCUGGAUGAGGUACAUCCGAUGUGCAAGGCACUGCGGGGAACAGAACUUAACAGUGGUUCAGUACAGGUCAAAUAUAUUCUACCGGGCUUGUAUAGAUAUCCCACGGGGUACAGAGCUAUUGGUGUGGUACAAUGACAGCUACACAUCUUUCUUUGGAAUCCCUCUCCAGUGCAUCGCACAAGAUGAAAAUUUGAAUGUCCCUUCGACUGUAAUGGAGGCCAUGUCCAGACAAGACACCCUACAGCCAUUUAAUAAAAAUAGCAAACUAUCCCCUGCCACUCCACAGCGAUCCGUAGUAUUUCCACAGACUCCGUGUAGCAGAAAUUUUUCUCUCCUGGAUAAGUCUGGGUCCAUCGAGUCAGGAUUUAACCAGAUCAGUGUCAAAAACCAACGAGUUCUUGCAAGCCCAACUUCAACAAGCCAACUAAAUUCUGAGUUCAGUGACUGGCAUCUUUGGAAAUGUGGGCAAUGCUUUAAGACUUUCACCCAGCGGAUCCUCUUACAGAUGCAUGUGUGUACGCAGAACCCUGACAGGCCCUACCAGUGCGGCCACUGCUCCCAGUCUUUCUCGCAGCCAUCGGAGCUGAGGAACCACGUCGUUACACACUCCAGUGACAGGCCUUUCAAGUGUGGCUACUGCGGCCGGGCCUUUGCUGGUGCUACUACACUCAACAACCACAUCCGGACACACACUGGGGAAAAGCCCUUCAAGUAA